AUGAGGAACAGAGGAAGGCGAAAUAAUUUUAGGGUUUCCGUCUAUAUGAUUUUCAAAUUUCAAUGGGAAAACAAAGAAAUAAUUCUAAGCUUGGUGCCGCCACAGAGAAGAGGGAAGGAGAAGGCGCACUCCGAAGUCGCACUCCGAAGUCGCACAGAGAAGCAGGAGACUGGAGAGUGGAGAGGAAUUGAGGAAGAAGGCGCCACAAAUAUGGUGAAUAUUGAGGAUGAUUUUGAUUCAUAUACCCAUGUGAGCAAGCAUAUGUAUGAAAUUUUACAUGCCAUUCGUGAAGGGUGGGCGUCACGAACGAAGGAACGCGCAAGUUUGAGGCAACUGAUGGAGCAAGGUACAAACACAGCAUCAUCAACAGAGAUGCCACCGAAGAGGAAACGUGGCCGUCCUAGGAAGUCUAGACCUCCAGUUACUGCUAUACAAGGGGAGAGAUCGGGUUCAACCACACCCACAACAAACAUCCCAUUGAGUUUCAAAGAGCGUGUUGAAGAAGGCGAAGAUGAUUGUAACAAUGAUGAAAUGGUGGGGCAGAUGGUUACAGGAAUUAUCGAGAAUGAUUUUGAUGGAGGGUAUCUCCUAAAUGUUAGAGCUGGGGACAACAAUGUAUGUUUGAGAGGUGUUGUGUUUAAGGAAGGUUGUGUUGUUCCUGUUACCCCUGAAAAUGAUAUUGCUCCUGAUGCUAAGAUCUCUAUAGUAGGGCAGACUGCUGAUAUUUCUUUGAAUCCAACGGAAAAUAUUGAAAAUCAACAACAAAAGGUUUUGUCUGAGGAUGUCACCCGAAAUGAAGAUCAGUUACGUGCAAUUGGGAAAUUAGAUGAUAUGGAGCAACAGGAGAAUUUUUUGGAUGAUCUGAAGAAAUUGGAGAAGGUAUUAGAUGAUAAGGAACGGGAGGAAAAGAUAUUGGAUGACGUAGAUGAAGAGCAACAUGUGAAGUUAUCAGAUGAUCCGAAGGAACAGGACAAGAAGCUACCGGAUGAUUUAGAUGAAGAGCAACAUGUGAAGUUAUCAGAUUAUACGAAGAUACAGGAGAAGGUAUUGGAUGAUAAGGAACAGGAUAAGAAGCUAACGGAUGACAUAGAUGAAGAGCAACAUGUGAAGUUAUUAGAUGAUCCAAAGGAACAGGAGAAGGUAUCGGAUGAUAUGGAACACGACAAGAAGCUGUCGGAUGACAUAGAUGAAGAGCAACAUGUGAAGUUAUCAGAUGAUCUAUUGGAUGAUAAGGAACCUGACAAGAAGCUAUUGGAUGACAUAGAUAAAGAGCAACAUGUAAUGAUAUCAGAUAAUUCAAAGAAACAGGAGAAGGUAUCGGAUGAUAUGGAACAGGACAAGAAGCUAUCGGAUGACAAAGCUGAAGAGCAAUCUGAGAAGUUAUUAGACGAUAAGUUUCAGCAGGAGAAGUUAUUAAAAAGAGAUGAAAAAUCGGAGGGUCUGAUUGACUCGUCAGAGUCUCCUAGGAAACGGCAAAAGAUUGAUCAGGUGACUGUCAGUUCAAUACAAUGUAAAGAUGUUACAGAUGCAAAUUCUGAAGAUGCUGUCAAGUCUAAUGAUGCAACAAAUAUAGGUCUUGAAUCCAAUGAAGUGAGUAUUAUUCCAUCCGAAACUGUCCUUUCUGUGAAAGACUCAUCAUUAGCUACAGCAGCAAUGGCCGCACAAGAAGUUUGUUGCACUGCAGGAUUACAAAUCAGUGUGGAGAAUACAGAUUAUACAAUUGAUUUGUCUGAACUUCUUAGUGAUGUUGAACCAAUGGAAACUGAAUAG